AUGGAGAUUCCACAAUUCCACACGGACGAGCUAUCCAUACGGAGUACAUAUAUGAAUGCGAUGCCGCAAACAUCCCUACCACCCCUGCCACAAUCACCGCAAGAAAAGGAGAAGAAGAAGAAGAAGAAGAAGAAGAAGAAGAAGAAGAAGAAGAAGAAGAAGAAGAAGAAGAAGAAGAAGAAGAAGAAGAAGAAGAAGAAGAAGAAGAGACAAUUCGCCGUAUUGCAGAUAGCCAACAAAACCAGGGAGUUCAUUGCUGUUUUGUCCCUUGAUUCAAGACCGGUACGUACUCUGACUUCCUCUCCCGGAGCACAGGUCGAGGAAUGUGUGUAUCGUGCCGGGCGGUUAAACCCCGCCGCCGCCUCUUGUCCCCGAGUGAUGGCGAUUCCAGCAUGGGCCAUGGCCAGAAGCAAUGGAGGGGGAGGGCCCAAGAUGAGACCAUACUGUUUGCGGGGACAUUUUGAGAUUAUUGCCCAGCGGCGGUUCUCCCUUGGCCGUUUGGAGCGAUAA